AGGACCUAUAGCUACAUCGGCGCUGUAACGAAGUCGGUGUCGAGUCGCGGCGUCGCGUCAUCGCCACGCGUCUGCUGCGGCGUCGGAACGAUGACAUCCUCCUUACUGUCCGCAGCGCCGGCUGGUCGGCGACAAUUGGACCACGCUAUACCGCCUCUCCUUAGGCCUCUCAUGCGGGCCUACGUCUUAGGGUAUGCCUCCGCUGUUGCACCCAGAUUACUCACGCUCGUCCUGCAGGCGGUAACUAGGCGGGCGGCCAACAACAAGGAUGCCGCAGAUGUCACCCGACCCCACGAUUCCUCCCUCCUCUCAUCCCUGCAACGUAUCCUGCGUGGGGGACUCGAGCUACAGAGGUUUCCUACUUUCUGCGCCGCCCUCGUUGGUGGGACUACGCUGCUCGAGGUUCUCCUAGGUAAAGCCUUGAACAGUCUCGCGCGAGGCCGGCAGCUCUCGGCCGUGACCCAGAAAAGACUUCUGAGAUGGCUGUCCGCCUUCAUCUCGAGCUGGCUGAGUCUCCGGCUUUUGCAGUCCAAAGAAAGCGACGCCUUCUCAGAGACGAUCACCGUUAACUCGGGCUCUCCACCAGAAGCCAGGCGGGAGACGAUAAGGUACGCGGGUCGGACUCUCGACCUGACUCUGUUCGCUUCGACCAGGGCUCUCGAUGUAAUAGUUGGAGAGCUGUGGGCUCGGAGAAAGCAACGCCAGGUUGCAGCCGGCCGAUGGACCCAGGUCGAAUCGCUGAUCUCCAAGCUCGCCGAUCCUUCCAUCUUCGCCGCGUCUUGCGCGCUUAUCAUGUGGGCGUGGUUCUACACCCCUUCGCGGCUACCGAAGGCGUACACGAAAUGGAUCAGCUCGGCCGCUGCAGUGGACGCGCGCCUGAUCGAGGCGCUUCGGCGCUGCCGGACAGGUGAGCUUCGCUACGGCCAAGAGACCGGGCAGGGUCCACUGCUCCAGUCGAUGUGCGCCGACUAUGAGUGGCCGCCGGAGUGGGGCGAUCCCGUCAAGACCAUCCCUUUCCCCUGCGAGAUCGUACAUCUGGGUUGCGGGCCAUCCUGCGAGUACCACGCCCUAUCGCGGUUCUGCCGCUCGUUCCGGUGGGCCAUGGCCACCUACCUGCCGCUGAAUCUGGCAGCGCGGAAGAAGGACCUGCGCGGCCUGCGCAUCGCCCUCUCGUCGGCCGCGCGCUCCUCCUCCUUCCUGGCCGCGUUCAUCGCCCUGUUCUACUACAGCGUGUGCCUGGCCAGGACCCGGAUUGGCCCGCACCUCCUCGGCAGGGACGUACAGACGCGGCAGGCCAUCGACGGCGGCAUCUGCGUCGGCUGCGGCUGUUUCAUGUGCGGAUGGAGCAUCGUGAUCGAAAAGGCCGCCCGCCGCAAGGACAUGGCCCUCUUCGUCGCGCCUCGCGCCCUGGCCACGCUGCUGCCCCGCCGGUACCCGCUCGACAAGCAGUGGAGGGAGACGCUCGCAUUCGCGUUUAGCACAGCUGUCGUCUUUACGUGCGUGAGAGAGAAUCGGCAGAGAGUCCGCGGUGUGCUGGGGAGGAUACUAGGGUCCGUUCUCGAGGCGUAAAGGAACACCCCUUUUUUUUCGAAGACAGAACAGACUGGAGGCCACCCAUUCAAGAGAAAUGCGCAACACUGGGUACAUCGGCAUA